AGUUAUUUAUGCCAACAUUCUAUAUAUAUAAUGAUCAAAUCAUACACCAAAAUAUCACACUAAAAAAAAAAAUAAAAAAAUACACAACAAAAAUCUAACUCAGUUUUUUCCUCCUCUCUUCUUCAUUCACAUUCCAUUUUUUUUUUUUUAAAUUAAUAAUAUUUCCACUAAUUUGAAUUUUGAAGCAAUGGAUACUGUUGUAACGUAUCAAUAUUAUCGAUCAGCUUCAAGGAUAACAAUUUUUGCUCACAUAUUUGGCGUUAUAUCUAUGAUACUUAUGCUUGUUUGGCUGUUACAUUAUCGCGAAGGCGUUGAUAUCGUUUCAUAUGAUCCUAUUAAAAUUUUUAAUGUUCACCCACUCUUGAUGUUUUUGGGAGUGAUUUUCUUGUCUGGAGAAGCACUGAUGGCAUACAAGACAGUGAGAGGUGAAAGAAGAGUAAAAAAAUCAGCACAUUUUUUACUUCAUUUAGGUGCAAUUAUUUUGGGGAUUGUUGGAAUACAUGCUGCAUUUAAGUACCAUUAUAGAAGGGAUUUGAGAAAUAUGUAUAGCUUUCACUCUUGGAUAGGUAUUGGCACCUUUUGCCUUUACAUUUUGCAGUGGGUGAUUGGACUAGGUAUGUUCAUGUUACCAUACACAAGAAGAGAAACAAGAUUAAUUAAUUUACCAUGGCAUAUAUCAUUUGGUAGAGCAAUAUUUUACAUGACAAUUGUUGCAGCAUUAACUGGAUUAAUGCAAAAAUCAACAUUAAUGCAACUACCAUUUUUUUCUGGAGAAUUACUUUUAAUUAAUUUUCUUGCAAUUUUUAUUUUACUUUUUGGUGUUACUGUUGAUAUGUCAGUUGCACUUGCACGUUAUGCAUAAUUAGUUGUACUUUAUUAUUUCCCCCCAAAAAAAAAAAUAUUUUAAUACAAUAAACAAUUCUUGUAUAAUUUUCUUUUUUGUUUUUUGUUUUGA